AGAUUGGAGCUGGGACCGGGAGUGGAGCUGGGAUACGGAUUGGAACUGGGAUCAGGAUCGGGACAGAGCUGGGAUCGGAACCGGAGCUGGGAUUGUGAUCGGGACAGGGAGUGGAGCUGGGCUCGGAACAGGGUUUGGAGCUGAAAUCGGGACAGAGCUGGGUUCGGAACCACAACUGGAAUUGGGAUCGGGACCGGGAUCGGCACCGGAGCUGGGAUUGGGUCUGGCAUCGACACUGGAGCUGUGACCGGGAUCGGGAUUGGAGCUGGGAUCGGCACCGGAGCUGGGAUUGAGACCGGAGCUGGCAUCGGAACCGGGAUCGGAUCUGGGACCGGGACCUUGUCCGGAGCCGCCCCGCAGUGUCCCGGCCCGCAGUGUCCCCGGCACACGGAGCCAGCCCAGCCGCGAUGGCAGCAGCCGAGGGGAAUAAACUCUGGGGUGGAAGAUUCAGUGGAAGCACAGAUCCCAUCAUGGAGAUGCUCAAUGCUUCCAUUAGCUAUGACCAGAGACUGUCUGAAGUUGACAUCCAGGGGAGCAUGGCUUAUGCCAAAGCCUUGGAGAAGUCUGGGAUCCUCUCUAAAACUGAGCUGGAGAAGAUCCUGGGUGGCCUGGAAAAGAUCUCUGAGGAAUGGUCCAAGGGAGUGUUUGUGCUGAAACAAACUGAUGAGGAUAUCCACACUGCUAAUGAGCGCAGGCUGAAGGAGCUGAUUGGAGAUGUAGCUGGGAAGUUGCACACUGGCAGAAGCAGGAAUGAUCAGGUUGUGACUGACCUGAAGCUGUUCAUGAAGAAUUCCCUCUCCAUCAUCUCCACACACCUCCUGCAGCUCAUUAAGACCCUGGUGGAACGUGCUGCCAUAGAAAUCGAUGUGAUCCUGCCUGGCUACACCCACCUGCAGAAAGCUCAGCCCAUCCGAUGGAGCCAGUUCUUGCUCAGCCACGCUGUUGCUCUGACCCGGGAUUCUGAGCGCCUGGGAGAGAUAAAAAAGAGGAUCAAUGUCUUGCCUUUGGGAAGUGGAGCUCUGGCUGGAAACCCCCUGGGAAUCGAUAGAGAGCUGCUGUGCAGUGAGCUGGACUUUGCUUCCAUCAGCCUGAACAGCAUGGAUGCCGUCAGCGAGAGGGACUUUGUGGUGGAAUUCCUUUCUGCUGCCACCCUGCUGAUGAUCCACCUCAGCAAGAUGGCCGAGGAUCUCAUCAUCUACAGCACCAGCGAGUUUGGCUUCCUCACCCUCUCUGAUGCCUAUAGCACUGGCAGCAGCCUGAUGCCUCAGAAGAAGAAUCCCGACAGUCUGGAGCUGAUCCGCAGCAAAGCCGGGCGAGUGUUCGGACGGUUGGCUGCAAUUCUCAUGGUGCUCAAAGGACUCCCAAGCACCUACAACAAGGACCUGCAGGAGGACAAGGAGGCCGUCUUUGAUGUCGUAGACACCCUGAAUGCUGUGCUCCAGGUUGCCACUGGAGUGAUUUCCACCCUCCAGAUCAACAAGGAGAACAUGGAGAGGGCGCUGAGCCCAGAGAUGUUGGCUACUGACCUGGCUCUCUACCUGGUUCGGAAGGGAAUGCCCUUCAGACAAGCCCACGUGGCCUCUGGCAAGGCCGUCCAGCUGGCCGAGACCAAAGGCAUCACCAUCAACCACCUCAGCCUGGAGGAGCUGCAGAACAUCAGCCCCCUGUUUGGCAGCGAUGUGGCGCAGGUGUUCAGCGUGGUGAGCAGCGUGGAGCAGUACACGGCCGCGGGCGGCACCGCCAAGAGCAGCGUGUCCGCCCAGAUCGAGCAGCUGCGGGAGCUGCUCAAGAGGCUCAAGGAACAGGCUUAGAGUGUGGGGAGAGAUGCCGUGCCUGCAGCGUUGUGCCUGUGCCACUGAUCUGGAGUUAAUAAACACUGGGGUGUCUGUAGUUC